AUGCGGCGUCAUGGCAGGGCUAGUGGAGGGACCAAAGCCGUCACUCCCGUCUCCGACACGGUCUCGCUAAUCCAUUCGUUCGAUUCCGUCACGAACCCCAAUCGUCCGGUUCGCCCGUCACCGCUGGCGUCGUCGAACAUCAAGGCACUACCCUUGGACCUCGUCGACCGCCUACGCUCCUUUCCUCUAUUCCAAGCCACCCCCGAAUCCUUCCUAUUCGCCGUCGGUCAGCACCUACGGCCGCAGCUCCACGCUCCCAACGAUUAUAUCCUGACGGAAGGGGAUGAUGCCAAAGCGAUCUACUGGUUGGUUCGCGGGGCUGUCUCCGUCACCUCGCGCGAUGGUGAAAGUAUAUAUGCAGAGCUCGAACCGGGUGCCUUUUUUGGCGAGAUCGGCGUGUUGAUGGAUCGCCCGCGGACGGCGACCAUCAUCGCCCGCACCCGGUGUAUGCUGGUCGUUCUGACCAAAGAAGACUUUCGGAACAUCCUCCCUCGGUUUCCCGACGUGGAACGGGCCAUCCGGGAUGAGGCCCAAGAACGGUUGAUGAUCCUGGAGAAGAAGAAGAAGGAAACCUCGGCGCCCGCGGUCGACUUCGCCGGCCCCGCUCGGAGAGGUUCCAAGCGGCUACGGGAUACCUUUUCCCGUGAUCAGACUUUGGCCGACCCCGAUCGUGCCAGCUUGAAGUCCGGUACGGGGAACAAGAAACGCAAGUCGCCGAGUCCGGGCAUCAAGGACGGGACCUCGAGCGCUCUGGCCAACGGGCUAGUGAAUGUCCGUCUCUUGCUGAAAGAACUGCCGCUGUUUGCCAGCCUACCGGCAGAUAUCCUCCACUUUCUGGGCCUCAAUGCGCAGCCCUGUUCGUACCCUCCUUUCACCGACAUUAUCAAGCAAGACUCCCAAGGCCGCGAAAUCUAUUUUAUUGUGCGGGGCGAAGUGGAGGUCCUCUCUGAACGGGCGGGGCAAUCGGGUUCGCGAUCCCCCAUCAACACUCUCGACCAUCCUGGCUUCGAAGUGAAGGCCAGAUUGAAACAGGGCCAAUAUUUUGGCGAGGUGGUGAGUUUGUCUCUCGCCCCGCGCAGAACCGCCACGGUCCGCUCCAUCAGUGCGGUCGAGUGCCUCAUGAUAAGUGGCGACGUGCUUGCCGAAUUUUGGGACAAGUGCCCCCAGAGCGUUCGCCAGCAGGUGGAGAAAACCGCCAAGGAACGACUGCAGUCCGCCGCCGAUGGCGACGUCGUCAUGGCGGAGGCGGGAGACACGGCGGGCGCCGUCGAGGAUGAGAGCGCCGGGAUCCGGCCCCCCAGAGCGCAGCACAUGCCGCUGCUCACCCUGACGGAAACGGAAUUGGACGGGUCUCACAAACCGAACGGGAGGGAUGACCAGACCGUCCUGCGGCCAUCGGACCCCGACCCCUUUCUCAAUGUCGGCCUGGACAAGGUUCGCCUGCGCAGUCGACGCGGGUCAGUCGCUCCAUUGACGCCGGAGGAAGUCUCCGGGGAACAACAGCGGCCCACGCCACCGUCGGAGCCUCGAAGCUCCAGUUCGUCCUUCCUCACCCGAUCGGACGCGGCGGUCUCGCCCACUCCGAAGUCUCCGCGCGAAUCCCACCGGGACAACAUCGGUCUCCUUCCCGAUAAAAUCCUUGUCAAGGUCUUUGACUACCUGGACCUUCAUGAUCUUCUGCGCCUUCGGGGGGUCUGCCUCCAUUGGUCGGAGAUUCUCACCAAGUCGCCCGAUUUGCUUCACUACCUCGAUCUCAGCACUUAUAAUCGACUAGUCACCGACGAUGUAUUAGGGAAGAUCAUCUGCCCGUUUGUUGGCAACCGACCGCGCCAUGUAGAUAUCGGCAAUUGCUUUCACAUCACCGACGAGGGGUUCAACAAGUUGAUCGCCACAUGUGGCUCAAAUAUUGUCUCCUGGAAGAUGAAGAGCGUCUGGGAUGUCACUGCAUCUUCCAUCCUCGAAAUGGCGAGCAAGGCAACCAGAUUACAGGAAGUGGACUUGAGCAACUGCCGCAAGGUUGGCGACACGUUGUUGGCUCGGAUGAUUGGAUGGGUUGUUCCGGGCCAGCAUAAGCCCGUUGAUGAGCCGAACAAGACGGGGAAAUCCGUUUUGAAACCUACCAUGCAAACUGAGGCUGGCACGGUGUAUGGCUGUCCAGAGCUCAAGAGGUUGACGCUGUCCUACUGCAAACAUGUGACGGAUCGGUCAAUGCACCAUAUUGCGUCCCACGCAGCUUCCAGGAUUGAACAAAUGGACUUGACCCGUUGCACGACGAUUACGGACCAAGGGUUCCAAUACUGGGGGAACACACAAUUUACCAACCUGCGAAAGCUAACCUUGGCGGAUUGCACCUACCUAACGGAUAACGCAAUCGUCUAUCUAACGAAUGCUGCAAAACAACUACAGGAGCUUGACUUGUCGUUUUGUUGCGCUUUGUCCGACACCGCAACCGAAGUGCUUGCCCUCCAGUGCUCUCAGUUGACGUAUUUGAACAUGUCGUUUUGCGGCUCCGCCAUCUCCGAUCCGUCCCUUCGCAGCAUCGGCCUCCACCUCUUGCACAUGAAGCGACUCUCUGUGCGUGGGUGUGUUCGAGUCACGGGCGCCGGUGUUGAGGCGGUCGCGGACGGCUGUAACCAGCUCGAGUCCUUCGAUGUCAGCCAGUGCAAGAACUUGACUCCAUGGAUCGAAGACCACGGGCCAGAUAAGUAUAGUAAUAGGAUCUUCUUCGAGACUGUCGCCCAAAAUGGCCGAGUGUUCCGAUGA